AUGUCGGAAGAAACAUUUAAGUCUAUGAUGAAUGAUCAGGCAAUUAUUAAAAUUGAACCACCAGAAUAUCCAGUAGAAGACAUUAAACGCGAAAAUGAGGAUAAGUUUGAUGAUCUUGAUGCUGUCGUUAAAUCUGAAUCGUGUUCUGAGUACGAUGAUACGUGUUUAGAAAGAUUCAAGAACUCCGAGGUGACAAUUGAAGAUGAAGUCAAACAGGAGUCUUUUAAUUGUGACAUUUCUAAUCAAUCAUUUGCACAAUCACAUCAUCUAACAGAGCACAUGGUCGAUCACAUGCCUAAUCAUAGCAAAGAACUCCCAUACAAAUGUGGAAUCUGUCCAAAGACUUUUAAUCAACCAAAAGCGUUGAAAACACACAUGCUUAUUCACAGUGAUGAGCGUCCACAUAAAUGCAAUGAUUGCAAUAAGGCGUUCAUUACUAUAACUCGUUUGAAAACUCACAUGCUCAUUCACAGUGUGAUGAGAGUCCAUAUAAGUGCAUUAUAUGCAAUAAGGCAUUCAUACAUGCAAGUCAUCUGA